AUGGAACAGGUUAAGGAGAUUUCUCAGGACAAGGAGGUGCGAGGGAGGAGCGACGGGGGCAGGAAGGUGCACAGGGUGCUGCCCCGAUCAGACCCCGUCCACAGCCCGCCGCAGCCGCGUUCGCUGCGGCGCUCGAUUGCGGGCCCUGGUUUCCGCGGCAGCGGCGGGAGGAGCGGGAGCGACCCCGGCGCCGGCGGGAGCUUUGCGUUAUUCUUGGAAAAUUGUGCUCCAGCAGUGAAUUCAUUGAACCUCGGCAUUACCAAUCCGCUUCUGUUAGGCUCAGCAAAUUUGCAGCUCGCCCAGAUAAAAGCCCAGCUGGCCCUACAGCAGCUGAAUUCUGUCGCCUCUACAACUGUUUCGAACACAGCUCUUGCAUCUCUGAACCAAGCUCUUGUCAAGAUCAACAUGUCCAUGUUCAAUGCCAGAGGGGCAUUUGGCCAGAAUCAGGGCCCUCCCAACCAGUUUGGGCAAAGUCAGGGCCCUCCCAACCAGUUUGGGCAAAGUCAGGGCCCUCCCAACCAGUUUGGGCAAAGUCAGGGCCCUCCCAACCAGUUUGGGCAAAGUCAGGGCCCUCCCAACCAGUUUGGGCAGAAUCAAGGUCCGCCCAACCAGUUCCAGAAUCAAGGACCACCUAACCAGUUUGCUAUGAGUACUCCAGGAUCCUAUAUGGGAGGAGGAGGAGGUGGAGGAGCAGGAAGAGGAAUGGGAAUGGGAACUCAAGGAGCAUCACAAGGCAACUAUGGUGGAAUGAACAUGGGAAUGAUGAAUCAAUCUGGGAAUAAUGUAGGCUUAGGUCAGUGGUCCUCCUACCAGAGUCCUUCAUCUGGAGGUUAUCGGCCUGGAUAUGGAAGCACUGCAACCUCUUCAUCUCAAAGUGGAGACCAGAGAUCUGCAGUUCAGCUUUUUCAUGACACAAUGAAGGCUUCUAAUAUCCUGGCAAACUUUGGCCUGUCUAAUGAAGACCUAGAAGAGCUAAGUCGUUACCCAGAUGAGAAGCUUACUCCAGAAAACAUGCCGUACAUUUUAAGAGAAAUUAGAAUGCGGAAGAUGAAUAAGCAGCAAUCGUCAAGCAGUUAUGAUCAACCGUACAAGCUACAAGAUAAAGACUACAGAAGGGAAGUGCAGAGCAGCGUGGUUGAUUACGGGCACGGUCAACAAUAUGACUAUCGGGACAGACCCAUGGAGAACCAGAGCAUGCAUUACAGUCGCGAAACACUGAGAGAAGGCACCUGGAAUGAAGAUUUCAAGCGUCCGCCUCAGAAUUAUCCAAUGGAGCCUUCGCGAGAUGAGAGUACUCACGGAAUUAAACGAACAGUUCUAGUGGUGAAGAAGGGAUUGCCAAAACCCAAGCUGAUGAAUGAUUACUAUGGCGUCCCUGCACUGAGGUUCCCCCACGUGUGCAGUUUGUGUAACGUAGAAUGUAGACAAAUGAGGGAUUGGGAUCGUCACAACAAAACAUCUGUCCACAAUGAUAGCUGCCGCCUUUUACUCAAAGAGUAUCCCGACUGGGACCCAGAUGCAGUUCCUCCAACCAAAGAUGAUCUUGCCAAGAAAGAGAAAGAAGCAGUGGCCGCAGAACAAGCUACCACACCCUUCAGUUCGGCACGGAUGAGUCCGAAGCAUUUAAGCCCACGUCGCAUCAGCCCUCACAGAACAAGUCCAAGACGCUUGAGCCCUCGCAAGUCCAGUCCACGGCGCUUGAGCCCUCGCAAAAUCAGUCCGAGACGCAUGAGCCCACACCGUUCCAGAUCCAGUCCGAGGCGCACCAGCCCACACCGAUCGAGAUCCAGCCCCAGGCGCACCAGCCCCUACAGGUCAAGGUCUAGCCCUCACAGAUCAAGGCCUAGGCGUUUGAGUCCCCACAAAUCUAGGCCAAGCCCCAAGCAUUCAAGCCCACAAAGGUCUAGCCCACGCACCUCCAAUCCCAAACGUAAAAUCCAGAAGGAUUUGCCUGCUAAGAAUUCUAACCAGAAGCCGCCAGUGAGCCAGUUAACGAAUCAAAAGCCUCCAAAUAAGAAGAUUAUGAAGCGACCUGCUGUCACGGGCAAACCCUUUGCUGAAGCAAAAAGCAAUACAGGUCCUGCUGCUGCUGCUGCUUCUACUGUCGUGGUGGAGAAACCUGCUGCUCAACAGGAGGCAAAUGCACAGCAGAUGAAUGAAAUGAGGAAGAGUGGGCGUGUGGUUCACAUCACUGACCUACCUCACGACGGCUACACUGAAGAAGACAUCUCAAAACUGACCCAGCCUUUUGGAAAAGUCACUGGCAUUAAGUUGCUGCGCUCUAAAAAUGAGGCUUUCCUGGAGAUGGCAUAUAAAGAGGCUGCAGUGGCGGUGGUGGAGUUUUACAGCAUCACACCAGUGGAGAUCAAUCACCGACAGGUGUCUAUGAUGCUACUGGGACAGAAGAAGGAAAUUCCAAAACUGGAUCAGCGAGAACAAUUACAGAACCAAGCUGCUGCCUUUGUACAGGAAGAGAAGAACAUUGCUAGUUCCAGUGCUGUUCCUCAGACAACUUCAGAAGCCACCACUCCUCCAGCUGAUGCAAAGAUGAGUGAGGAUGAAAGUCCUACAGUGCAGAAGACCCAGUCUGAGGAUGUUUCCCUAAACGAUAAAGGUAGGGUUAUUCGAAUUAACAACCUUCCAGCUAAAGGAUACACAGAGGAAGACCUGAAAAGGCUGGCAAAGCCCUUUGGACAAGUGCUGAACAUCGUUAUCACAUUCUCCAAGAACCAGGCAUACCUGGAAAUGGCUUGCAUGAAAGCAGCGACAAAAAUGGUGGAGUUCUACAGCCUUUCGACGAUCAAGCUGAAAGGAAAUGCUAUCAGUAUGGAAAUCCUACAUCAGUAUGUGGAUCUGAGUGACAUGGAAGUUAUAUUUAAGGACAUGAUUGAAGAAUCAGGGUUUAAACCAGAUGAUGGGUGCACUAUAUAUGACCAUUUAGUUCACAUAAGCAAUCUCCCUGAGGAUGGCUAUACGGAAGUUGACAUCCUUUGUGUUGCUUUUCGAUUUGGAAGAGUGAAAGAUUCAAUGUUCUUGAAACCACACAACAAGGUUCUUCUACACUUGGAGAAUGGGAAUGCUGCUGCAUCCAUGUGCAGUUUUUUCAGAGAAAUUCCGCAUGACUUCCACGGAAAAACUCUGGAAUUUUCUUUGUCUCCUCAUGCAGCAAUUCAGCCAGAGAAUGAAGGAAAGAGUGAACGGCCAACUGAGGAGAGUUGUGAUGCCAGCAAGGAGCCUGAUCCAAUGGAAACAGAACCAACUAAGAAUGCAGAGUCUGAAGAGGUAGAGAUGACUGAUGAGACCCUGAGUGCCCAGACUAAGGCAGAGUCCACUGAGCCAAGUGUAAUGGUGACAUGUGCUCCAGAGACUGAGACCAUAGCAGCGACUGUGCCAGGGGAAGCUGCGCACGACCUGGUCCCCACGACAGCGACUGAGCCUCCUGCUGCAGUGAAACCCACUGUAGCUGCUACAAGCUCAGCCAGCACCCCGCUCACCACCAAAUCACCAGCCCCACUUGCUGCUGGGACACCAGCUGAUGUGGCCACUGCUGUUUCCAGUUCAACCAAUUCCACCCCGGCUGGCAAAGCUGUUGCAGCUAGUAGAAAUGCACCGUCCAAACCUGCUGUGGUUGCAGCCAAUGCAGCUGCAAAACCUGCAGCACUGUCUGUGAAACCUGCAGCACCUGCCACAAGCAGCAUUGCCAAGCUCGCAGACCCUGUCGAAGAUGAGCUGACCAAACCGACCCCAGUGACAUGUGGUGUGGGUUCGCCAGCUAUGCUCACCAAGCCCCUCACUGCCAGUUCAGCUGCCAAACCCAGCCAGACCGCAACUAGUGCUGCAACUAAACCACCGCAGGACACCGACAGUGCAGUCAGCAAGGCUGCUGCAGCUGGGGCAAACACAGCCCUUAAACCUGCGGCCACUCCUGCACCAGUGCCCACCAAGCCAGGCCAAAUGCCCGCUCAAGCAGUGGUUAAGCCUAGCCCUGUUCCUGGUAACGCUGCUGUUACUCCCACAGCCACAGCGGCUCCCAAGGUGCCCCCGGCAGCUGGUGCCGGUGUGGUGUCCAAGCCAGCGCCAGCUCCCAGCAAAGCAGCAGGUAGUCCCACUGCUGCCAGUGCUCCAUUGUCCACAACUGCCCCCUGCCCCCCAGCUGUAGAGAAGGCCAGUCCUAUACCCACUGCCACAGCCUCGACAGAUACACCCACCCCUGAUGGAGCUACAGCUCCCACACCCACCCUGACCCCCUCAGCACCGCCCAAAACCACAAACCCUACCCCCACCAAUGCCUCUAACACCCCCACCUCCAACACCACCUCGACCUCCAACACCACCACCAGGCCACCCAAGUCCAUGGUAGUGAAACCAAGCAGCAAGGAGAGCAGCGUUGCAAAGUCGAACGAGAAGAAGAGCGCUGCCCCAAGGAAGGAGCAUGCAGCGAAGGAGUCAGGCAAAGCCAGCACCCCGGCAAGAGGCAGGAGCACAUCCAGGGAGAGCUCCAGCAGGGAGGGCAGCGGGAGGAGCGGCUUGUCAUAUCAGAAGGAGAGGGAAUUCCGAUCGGAUCGCCGGCAUGUGCCUCAGCAUCAGCGGGACAGGGAUUACAGAUCGUACUUGAGGAGCAAGAUUUCCUCUGAGAGAAGCAGUAAGGAUCGCAAGGCUAGCAGCAAAAGUCCAAAGAGAGAAGUGGAAAAGGACAUCUUCCCCUUCAACCUGGAUGAAUUUGUAACUGUGGAUGAAGUGGGUGAGGAGGAAGAUUCUUGUGGAGAUCAGAUCCCUGGAAGCGAAUCUGAAACCAACACCCAAACAUCAGAAAGUGCUGAGCUGGAAACCACAGGAACGGAAGCCACAGAGGAAGUCCGGGAUCCAGAGCCGGUCGCAGCAGCCGACCCAUUCAAGGCGGCUGAGACGACGGAAGUGACACCUAAACUGGAGGCUCAGCCCGAAGCCCAGUCGGAAUCCCAGCCUGAAGCCAAGGCAGCGAAGGAGGACGGGCCGGUGGAAACGGUCCAGGAGAAACCAGCAGAGGCCCCCGCAGCAGAGCCGAGCAAAGCCCCCAUCACAGACACCAAACAAGAGGCCACAGCAGCCUCGGCCGCAGGAACCACAGCUGCCCAGAGAGAAGCAGCGCCCCCAGUGGCUGGGAGUGGAGAGCCAGCUCGCAGUGCAGUGGGACAUCCGCCCAUUAACCUCACCCCCGCCACCUCUGGGGGCGACACCACAAGGUCUGCAGGCGUGGAGCAGCGGGCAGAUGCCAAGUUGAAGAGGGAGGCUCCUCCUGAGCUGGAACCCACUGUGAAGAGGAUCAAGCUGGCUGGCACAACACUCGCUGAACUGAAGAUGCCUCCUUACAAGCCCAACAGCCCAAUUGGUGUUGAAUUCAUUGUCCCAAAGACCGGCUACUUCUGUCAGAUAUGUUCCCUGUUUUAUACAAACGAAGACACGGCCAAGGUGACCCACUGUGGCACCGUGCUGCACUAUAAGAAUAUGGAGAAAUACGUGACGCAGCGGCAGGAGGACCUCCGGAGGCAGCAGGAACGCAUGGCCAAACAGGACAAGUGAUGUGUGCUGCUCCCAACAGAGUAUAUUUUGGGUCCAAAUGUCCUGUUCCCCCCCACCCCCACCCCCACCCCACCUCCAGUUUACCGAGACAGUUACAACAUUGUACAAAUGAUCUUUCCACUGUAAUGAUUAUGGAAUCUGUUCUUUUGGGUUAAUAUUGUUGUCUUGUGUUUUUACAGAAAUUGUAACAAUCGGCGAUUCUGUUAUUCAAUUAAAAUUAUGUUCUACAG